GCGGCCGAGGCCGUGGAGCCAGCCGCCCGCGAGCUGUUCGAAGCGUGCCGCAACGGGGACGUGGAGCGAGUCAAGAGGCUAGUGACCCCCGAGAAAGUGAACAGCCGCGACACAGCAGGCAGGAAAUCCACCCCGCUCCACUUUGCCGCAGGUUUUGGGCGGAAAGAUGUAGUUGAAUAUUUGCUUCAGAAUGGUGCAAAUGUCCAAGCACGUGAUGAUGGUGGGCUUAUUCCUCUUCAUAAUGCAUGUUCUUUUGGUCAUGCUGAAGUAGUCAGUCUCCUUUUGCGACAUGGUGCAGACCCAAAUGCUCGUGAUAAUUGGAAUUAUACCCCCCUCCAUGAAGCUGCAAUUAAAGGAAAGAUUGAUGUUUGCAUCGUGCUCUUACAGCAUGGAGCUGAGCCAACCAUCCGGAAUACAGAUGGAAGGACAGCAUUAGAUUUAGCAGACCCGUCUGCCAAAGCAGUGCUGACCGGUGAAUAUAAGAAAGAUGAACUUUUGGAAAGUGCCAGGAGUGGCAAUGAAGAAAAAAUGAUGGCUCUGCUGACACCCUUAAAUGUCAACUGCCACGCAAGUGAUGGCAGAAAGUCAACUCCAUUGCAUUUGGCAGCAGGAUACAACAGAGUAAAAAUUGUACAGCUGUUACUACAACAUGGAGCUGAUGUCCAUGCUAAAGAUAAAGGUGAUCUGGUGCCCUUACACAAUGCCUGUUCUUAUGGUCAUUAUGAAGUAACUGAGCUUCUGGUCAAGCAUGGUGCCUGUGUAAAUGCAAUGGACUUGUGGCAAUUCACUCCUCUUCAUGAGGCAGCUUCAAAGAACAGGGUUGAAGUAUGUUCUCUUCUCCUAAGUUAUGGUGCAGAUCCAACACUGCUGAAUUGUCAUAAUAAAAGUGCUAUAGACUUGGCUCCCACACCGCAGUUAAAAGAAAGAUUAUCAUAUGAGUUUAAAGGCCACUCACUGCUGCAGGCUGCCCGGGAAGCUGAUGUAACACGAAUUAAAAAACAUCUCUCUCUGGAAAUGGUGAAUUUUAAGCAUCCUCAAACACAUGAAACAGCAUUGGUAAUGUUUCAGAUUAAAGUUUUUAAGAUGCAAUACACUUUCUGCAUUGUUAAGGUUAAUGCUCUGGAUAAUCUUGGUCAGACUUCUCUGCAUAGAGCUGCACACUGUGGUCAUCUGCAAACCUGCCGCCUACUCCUGAGCUAUGGGUGUGAUCCGAACAUCAUAUCCCUUCAGGGCUUUACUGCCUUACAGAUGGGAAAUGAAAACGUGCAGCAACUUCUUCAAGCUUUUCUCAGCCAGGCUUCCUCAUCGAAACCAAAGAACACAAAAAAGUACUUGAGUAUUUUCUUAAUUUUCCCAAGGAUCAAACUGUGUACUGUUCAGAGUGUCAACUGCAGAGACAUUGAAGGGCGUCAAUCAACGCCACUCCAUUUUGCAGCUGGCUAUAAUAGGGUGUCUGUGGUGGAGUAUCUGCUGCAACACGGAGCUGACGUGCAUGCUAAAGAUAAAGGAGGCCUUGUACCUUUGCACAAUGCAUGUUCAUAUGGACAUUAUGAAGUUGCAGAACUUCUUGUUAAGCAUGGAGCAGUAGUUAAUGUAGCUGAUUUAUGGAAAUUUACACCUUUACAUGAAGCUGCAGCAAAAGGAAAAUACGAAAUUUGCAAACUCCUGCUCCAGCAUGGUGCAGACCCUACAAAGAAAAACAGGGAUGGAAAUACCCCUUUGGAUCUUGUUAAAGAUGGAGAUACAGAUAUCCAAGAUCUACUUCGGGGAGAUGCAGCUUUGUUAGAUGCUGCCAAGAAGGGUUGUUUAGCCAGAGUAAAGAAGUUGUCUUCUCCUGAUAAUGUAAAUUGCCGUGAUACCCAAGGCCGACAUUCAACCCCAUUACAUUUAGCGGCUGGUUAUAAUAAUUUAGAAGUUGCAGAGUAUUUGUUGCAACAUGGAGCUGAUGUGAAUGCCCAGGACAAAGGAGGACUUAUUCCUUUACAUAAUGCGGCAUCUUAUGGGCAUGUAGAUGUUGCAGCUUUACUAAUAAAGUAUAAUGCAUGUGUCAAUGCCACGGACAAAUGGGCUUUCACACCUUUGCAUGAAGCAGCCCAAAAGGGACGAACACAGCUUUGUGCUUUAUUGUUGGCCCAUGGAGCGGACCCUACUCUUAAAAAUCAGGAAGGACAAACACCUUUAGAUUUAGUUUCAGCAGAUGACGUUAGCGCUCUCCUCACGGCAGCCAUGCCCCCUUCUGCUCUGCCUUCGUGUUAUAAACCUCAAGUGCUCAAUGGCGUGAGAAGCCCAGGAGCUACCGGAGAUGCUCUGUCUUCAGGUCCAUCCAGCCCAUCAAGUCUUUCUGCAGCCAGCAGUCUUGACAACUUAUCUGGGAGUUUUUCUGAACUGUCUUCGGUAGUUAGUUCAAGUGGAACAGAGGGUUCCUCUAGUUUGGAGAAAAAGGAGGUUCCAGCAGUAGAUUUUAGCAUAACUCAAUUUGUAAGGAAUCUUGGACUUGAGCACCUGAUGGAUAUAUUUGAGAGAGAACAGAUCACUUUGGAUGUAUUAGUUGAGAUGGGGCACAAGGAGCUGAAGGAGAUUGGAAUCAAUGCUUACGGACAUAGACACAAACUAAUUAAAGGAGUUGAGAGACUUAUCUCUGGACAACAAGGUCUUAACCCAUACUUAACUCUGAACACCUCUGGAAGUGGAACAGUUCUCAUAGAUCUGUCUCCUGAUGAUAAAGAGUUUCAGUCUGUGGAGGAAGAGAUGCAAAGUACAGUCCGAGAACACAGAGAUGGAGGUCAUGCAGGUGGGAUCUUCAACAGAUACAAUAUUCUCAAGAUUCAGAAAGUUUGUAACAAGAAACUAUGGGAAAGAUACACUCACAGGAGAAAAGAAGUUUCUGAAGAAAACCACAACCAUGCAAAUGAAAGAAUGCUAUUUCAUGGAUCUCCCUUUGUAAAUGCAAUUAUCCAUAAAGGCUUCGAUGAAAGGCACGCCUACAUAGGUGGCAUGUUUGGAGCUGGGAUUUAUUUUGCUGAAAACUCUUCCAAAAGCAAUCAGUAUGUCUAUGGAAUUGGAGGAGGUACUGGGUGUCCAGUUCACAAAGACAGAUCUUGUUACGUUUGCCACAGGCAACUGCUCUUUUGCCGGGUAACCUUGGGAAAGUCUUUCCUGCAGUUCAGCGCAAUGAAAAUGGCACAUUCCCCUCCAGGACAUCACUCAGUCACUGGUCGACCCAGCGUAAAUGGUCUAGCAUUAGCUGAAUAUGUUAUUUACAGAGGAGAACAGGCUUAUCCUGAAUAUUUAAUUACUUACCAGAUUAUGAGGCCUGAAGGUAUGGUUGAUGGAUAAAUAGUCGUUUUAGGAAGCUAAAUCCACUGAACCUAAAAUCAUCUAAGCAGCGGGUGGCCUCUUAAAUUUUACUCCUUUGCUGAGAAAUAUCAUCUUGUCCACAAGCCUGUGGCAAAAGGAUAAAAAAUGUGAAAGAAGUUUAACAUUCUGACUUGAUAAAGCUUUAAUAAUGUACAGUGUUUUCUAAAUAUUUCCUGUUUUUCAGCACUUUAACAGAUGCCAUUCCAGGUUAAACUGGGUUUGUCUGUACUAAAUUAUAAACAAAGUUAACUUGAAUCUUUUGUAUGUUGUGCAUUGAUUCUAACAGAAAUUGUAAUCCCCUCAACAGAACUCAUUUUACUAAUACAGUACUGUGUUCUUGAAAACACAGCAUUUACACUGAAUACAAUUUCAUUUGUAAAACUGUAAAUAAGAGCUUUUGUACUAGCCCAAUAUUUAUUUACAUUGCUUUGUAAUAUAAAUCUGUUUUAGAACUGCAGCGGUUUACACAUUUUUUUCAUAUGUACUGCACAUCUGUACUUCAUCUUGCAUCAUUAUGAUUGAGUGAACUUUACAUUUGAUUCCAGAGUCUAUGUUAAGCUGUUAACAAAGACUUUGUCAGUUGGGAAAGAUUGAUUUAUCAGAUUUAAUUUGCUGAUGGAAGCAUUUAUCUCUCAUUAGGAAUCUUUCCCACUGAAGAACUUAUUUCAUGAAUACUCUGGGGAUUUAAUUUGUGAUAACUUUGUAUGUAUAAGACACAUUCCAAAGAGCUCUAUGAACCUCCUGAUUAUUAAAGACACUUCUUUUCUGGGUUUCACAUGGGAAAAUUUUCUCAUUUCAUUUUGUGAAAAUUAGAGCGAGUACUUCUUUGUUUUAGAGGCUAAAUCCUGCCACUGAGCAACUAUGUAUUCUUUUCGUGGAGUGUAAAUAGGAAGUUACAUUUCAGAGGUAGGAAGGGUAAUCCUGAAUAAUUUUCCAAUCUUUUCUAAUUACCCUAAAUCUAAAGGGGAAAAAAAAGCAAAUGGGAGUGGGUCAUUUUUUUUGUCCUAAGUAUUUUUUUCUUGUUCUUCUUCCUUGGCCUCACUGUUAUAGCCAAUCUGUACACCAUAAGUAGGCUGAACCCAGAACCAUGAAAUAAAUGUGGGUGUCCCAGUUCUCUCCAGGUCACCUGCAUGGGCAGGUGCUGUGACACGGUGCUUCCUGGUCCUGGGUAGCCUCACUGUGACAUUCACAGUCACUUGGAAAUAUGCUUUGUGCACACAUGGUGACAGGUUUGUUGGGCAGCUGUAGAGGGGAAUGCUGUCCCAUAAAAUGCCAUUCCUGUUUUCUGAUGGAAAACUAUCUUUUCCAUGAAAUAGGCUUAACGCUUCUUGGCACAGAGACAUGAAUUAUAUAUAGCUUGGCAGUCUGUUUGUUGACUCUAGCUGCCUCAGGAGGCAAGGCAGGUUUAUACUGACUUAAGUCUCUGUAAGUGAGAAUGUUCCCCUUCGCUCUAUGUACCAGUUCACUUUUGUUUUAUAUUUUAUUCCAUCUCUAAAUUAUCUGGCUCUUUACAGUAACUUGUACAUAAAGUGCUAGAAAAUCAUGUUUCUUGUCCUAAGUAAGAGUUAAUCAGAGUAAAUGCAUAUCUGGAGUUGUUUCUAUAAUGUAAAUUGUGAUCAUUAUUUAAGAGGUCAGUUUUUGACCUUGAAAGUGCUUUUAUACAGCUCUGUAAUAAUUGCAGUUAUGAUCCUAAAGUAAUUUCUUGGAACACAAGUGGAGUCUGCCAAACUUUAUAUAAUUUUUCAGAUUCUGGAAGCUUCCCGAUUUUAUAAUUAGAAGGUAAUGAGAUGAGUUAAUGGAGUUUAUAUUUACAUAUCUCUCAACAUUGAGCCCAUACCACUCCCCCUGUAAGUGAAUCUGGAAUUGCUUAUCACAUAAAGUCAUCAAGGUCUCUGAGUUUAUAUAGUGCAGCCUGUGUUCUUUCAUCUAAUCCAUUGCUUAAUUACUGUGUUGUUUUCCUAUGAAUGAUUACAUUGUGGUUAAUAUGUUAGCAUGGCAGUAUUUUCAGAUAGCUUUUUGUUUGUUGGCAGUUUGGGGGUGGCUUAGGGGGUGGUUGGGAGGAUUUUUUUGGAGUGUUUGCAUGAAAUAUCUUACUUUAUAAUGAUGGAAUUGCUUUUCUUUUGUCUUGUGAUUUUGUUUUUUUUGAAGUGAGAUUUAACUUUGUGUGUGAGUAGUGCUAUUCUAUCCAUCUGGGGUGUCUUGUACUGUAUCACAUUCCAUGCCCUCAUUUAAUUCUUAAUAAAGUGUUCAUUGGUUUUUCUGGGUA